AUUAACUGCUUCCCCUCUCUCAACCCACAGGAUUUCUUCAAAAAGUUUUUAUAUGAGCCAUUACCAGUAGAGUCUCACCUAGACCACUGUAUGCAUGACCACUUCAAUGCUGAGAUUGUCACCAAGACCAUUGAGAACAAGCAGGAUGCUGUGGAUUACCUCACCUGGACCUUUUUGUACCGCCGAAUGACACAGAACCCCAAUUACUACAACCUUCAGGGCAUAUCCCAUCGUCACUUGUCUGACCACUUGUCAGAGCUGGUGGAGCAGACCCUGAGUGACCUGGAGCAGUCCAAGUGCAUCAGCAUUGAGGAUGAGAUGGAUGUGGCGCCUCUGAACCUGGGCAUGAUAGCUGCUUACUAUUACAUCAACUACACCACUAUUGAGCUCUUUAGUAUGUCCCUGAAUGCCAAGACCAAGGUUCGAGGGCUUAUUGAGAUCAUCUCAAAUGCAGCAGAGUACGAGAACAUUCCUAUCCGGCACCAUGAAGACAACCUUCUGCGGCAGUUGGCUCAGAAGGUCCCUCACAAGCUGAAUAAUCCUAAAUUCAAUGAUCCACAUGUGAAGACCAACCUGCUCCUGCAGGCUCACCUGUCUCGCAUGCAGCUAAGUGCUGAGCUGCAGUCUGACACAGAAGAAAUCCUUAGUAAGGCAAUCCGACUCAUUCAGGCCUGUGUGGAUGUGCUCUCUAGCAAUGGCUGGCUCAGCCCUGCUCUAGCAGCCAUGGAACUGGCCCAGAUGGUCACCCAGGCCAUGUGGUCCAAGGACUCAUACCUGAAGCAGCUACCACACUUCACCUCAGAGCAUAUCAAACGUUGCACAGAUAAGGGAGUGGAGAGUGUUUUUGACAUCAUGGAGAUGGAAGAUGAAGAAAGAAAUGCAUUGCUUCAGCUUACUGACAGCCAGAUUGCAGAUGUGGCCCGCUUCUGUAACCGCUACCCUAAUAUUGAAUUGUCUUAUGAAGUGGUUGAAAAGGACAGCAUCCGCAGUGGUGGGCCAGUUGUGGUGCUGGUACAGCUGGAACGAGAGGAGGAAGUCACAGGCCCUGUUAUUGCACCUCUCUUCCCACAGAAACGUGAAGAGGGCUGGUGGGUGGUGAUUGGAGAUGCCAAGUCCAAUAGCCUUAUCUCCAUCAAGAGGCUGACUCUGCAGCAGAAGGCUAAGGUGAAGCUGGACUUUGUGGCCCCAGCCACAGGUGCCCACAACUAUACCCUGUAUUUCAUGAGUGAUGCAUAUAUGGGAUGUGACCAAGAGUAUAAAUUCAGCGUGGAUGUGAAAGAAGCUGAGACAGACAGUGAUUCGGAUUGAGUCUGAAGAAUUCAUCAUGUGUAGAGGAGAGUUGAGCCUGCAUCAGGACUAUGUACAGUUGAAGGAUCUUGGUCAUGGAGACCAGGUCUCUUGGCCUGAGGUCUUGCCAGUCAGAGCUGGUGCUGUCCCAGCCCACCUCCACUUACUUUUCCCUUUGGCCACCUUACAGUCCAAACUCUGGGUCCCAUAUCUGUAGGUGUCAUGUCAAGCAUAAAGUGUGUACAGCAUUUUUAGUAUGCUCUUCGUAGUUCUUUUUGAGUCAGACAUUCUAAUAAAUAAAU